UCUCACUAUGUAUUACACUUCAUCUCGUCUCAAUCGUUUUACAUGCUUGCGUUGCUCGUAAUUACUGGUACCAAUGGCACUUGCAUUUAUGACAUUCUGAUUUACGUUAUACAGUAAAUGAUUAAUAAGCGUAAAAAAAUCUAAGAAAAACUGAUCGUGACGUAAAAGGGUUUACAAGGAUACUGAAGUAAUGAUUUCACUGAAAAGUGAAAUCUGAUGAUUAAGGAUGGAACAUAUAAGGCAAAUAAUAUCUAUAUUGUUUGUUCUAUCAUUGCUGCAUUACACAAAGUCAGCUUAUUUCGGAGAUGCGUUCUCUCAGCAAGCUGACGAGCCUUCCAGAAUCAGCUGGCUCUUUUCUGAUGCCUCUCUUACAGCAGGUGCAAAAAGGCUUCAAAGAGCUAUAUUAGAUUUUAGAAGAGAACCUGAGAAUGAUGGUUUACCAAGAAUUAUAAACAGCAAGUGCCGUGCUAAAUUGUAUAAUCUUUGCGGGAAUAUAGAUAAAAAUAACAAUGAUGAACUUACGUUGCUUGAGUGUAUUCAGACUUUUAAGCCCACUGAGAUAUCUGGAAUUGAUCAGAAAUGUCAAGAGGCAAUUUGGAUCUACAUUCAGAAUAUUACAGACAAUCAAAACAUAGAGAGACUUGCAAGAAAGGCAUGCGGCAACCAGCUAGAUAGUCUAAAAUGUUCUAGCCCUGAUAAAGCUCAUGGAGCAUAUCUAUCUUGUCUAAUCGAUAAUCGAGAAAUGGUCAGAGAUCCUGACUGCAUCAUUUAUAUUCAAAGAUUGGAAUGGAUUGCUUUUAGUGACUUCAGAAUUCUGACUCCCUUCAAAACAGACUGUGCAAACGAUAUUAAGAAAUUCAAGUGCGACAGUCUACAGCCAUAUAGAGACAUAUCGCAAGGUCAGAUAUUAGCUUGCUUACAGGAGCAUGUUGAGCAACUGCAGCACGAAUGUAGAAGACAUAUUUUACAUGUAUCUGAGAUUCAAGCUGAAAACAUCAGGCUGGACCGUCAACUGUACAUGGCAUGUAUUGAUGAUAGCAGAAAAUUUUGCCCUGACAUUCGACCAGGCAGUGGUCAAGUUUAUAAGUGUUUGAUGCAGCAUAAAACCGAUAGAUCAAUGACCGCGCGAUGCCAGGAACAGUUAACAAGAAGAGAGAAACUAAUUGCAUCUGAUUACAAGAUUAGUAAAGGUCUAGUCAAAGCAUGUAAAGAAGAUAUUAGAAAUAAUCACUGCAGGCGAUCUGUGUCUGAAGACAAGGAGAUUAGGCUGGCACAGAUUUUACUUUGUCUAGAAUCGGCUGUGAAAAAUGGCAGCAAAAUUGAUGGAAAUUGUCAAGCGGAAAUGUUUGAUCACAGGAAACUUUUGAUGGAAGAUUACAGAUUGUCACCCGAAAUCGUAGACGGCUGUGCCAACGAUAUUACAACUUUUUGCAACAGUCUUGAGGUCGGUGGUGCUACAAUACAUUGUCUGAUGGAGCAUACAAGAACGAGAAAGAAGAAGUCGAGGGUUUCGCCGAAAUGCCAAAGAGCGUUGGAGGAGUUAAUUUUAGAAGCUGAUGCUGGCGAAGAUUGGAGAAUUGACCCGGUUUUAAGGGAACAAUGUCAACCUGUAGUUAAUUUAGCUUGUAGAGAUGUACAUGGCGGAGAUGCUAGAGUGAUAUCGUGUCUGAUGGAGCAAUUGGGAACAGAUAGAAUGACCGAAGCCUGUGAGACAGCAUUAGUACAGAUACAAUACUUUAUCGCCAGAGAUUUUAAACUCGAUCCGCAAUUAUACAAGGCGUGCAAGUAUGAUGCUGUACGUUUGUGUCAUGCGAGAAAUGCAUGGGCCAGUGAUGGAAGACAGAUGGAUCCCGAAACAGGACCUCUCGUGUUACCAUGUUUAUAUCGGCAUGCUUACCAAAAAAAUAUGACAUUAAAAGCAGACUGUUUAGAAGAGAUUAGAAGAGUCAUGAGACAGCGUGCCGUCAACGUUGAUUUGCAACCCGAGAUAGAAGAAGUGUGCUUUAAUGAACUGGCGUCACUUUGCUACGAUAAAACUGCAAAAGGAGAAGAAAUUCUUUGUCUGCAGGAUAAUUUAGACAACUUAAACAAAAAAUGCAAGCUAGCAGUUGGAAAUUUUACUGAGGAACAAGCGGAACGUGUUGAGCUGAAUCCUAUCAUCUCUUCUGCAUGUCAGCAUAUUAUGGAACGUCAUUGCGAAGAGGUUUUAAAAUAUGGAAAGGAUGAAGGAAAUAUGAUGGAGUGUCUUAUUGAACAUAAAAACGAACUGGACGCACGUACCGAUUACAAAUGCAAAGCAGCAGUGGAACAUUUCCAGUUGAUAUCCUUGAAGAAUUACCAUUUUACGUACAAGUUCAAGGAAGCGUGCAGGCCUUAUGUUAAGAGAUGGUGCCCUAAAUCGAAAACGAAAGCCGAUGUGAUAGAAUGCUUAAGCUCGAUCGUGCAGGAGGAUAUAAUGAAGGAAUCUCAGCAUCGCGUAUUAAAGGACUGUAGGCAACAGUUACGGGCACAGCUUUAUCAGCAGAGAGAAAACAUCCAUUUUGAUCCAGUUCUGCAAGCAACUUGCUCAAUGGACAUCAAACAGUUUUGCUUUAACAUAGAACCAGGCAAUUCACAGGUAUUAGAAUGCUUAGCAUCGCACAAAUCUAAACUAUCGGAUAUGUGCCACAAGCAGCUGUUCAAGGUGAGGAAACAGGAAUUUCAGGAUAGCUCCAGUGAUGUGCCUCUGCUGAGCACUUGUCGAGUCAUGAUCAGGCAGUAUUGUCACGAUGUGAGCAAAUCACAAACUUUAGAUUGCCUUAAGAGAUACAAAGAUGAACUCACUUUCGACGAGAAGUGUAAGAAUAUUGUGAUUCGAAGAAUGAUUGAGCAGAAUACGGAUUAUAGAUUCAAUACCGCACUGCAAAGCGCAUGUGGUCACGAUAUCGAUAAGCAUUGUAAAGAGGUUUUGGUACAUGAACAUACCGACAAAGAACUUGAAGGAAAGGUCAUAAGAUGUUUGAAGAUUAGAUUUCGGGAAUCAAAAUUGACGACAAAAUGCGAACAUCAAAUGGCUAACAUCCUUAGAGAAGCUGCACUGAAUUAUCACUUAAACCCGUUAUUAGCAACAAUGUGCGCGCAUGAGAUUGAAACAAUCUGCCGAUCAGAUGAAAAUGAGCCUGGCGCCGUUGAAGAGUGUCUUAAAAGGAAAUUUAACGCCGGAAAUCGAGACAUGAAGGAAGAAUGUCGUUUGGAAAUCGCCGAUCUAAUAGAACAAACAAGGGCUGAUAUAAACGUGGAUCCCUUGCUGCAGAAAGCUUGUGCAGUAGAUGUCAGCAAAUACUGCAGUGCUGUACCUCAAGGCGCAGGAAGACACAUACAGUGUUUACAAAAUGCGUUGGAAGACAGCAACAAAUCCUUGCAACCUGAUUGUUACAAGAUGCUGACUACAAGGAUGGAAAUGUUCAGAAAUGCUGCCAAAUUGAUUGCGCCAAAUACGAUUGAAGAAUUAUAUUCGACGAUGAAUCGUUCUCCAGCACGGCGUUACUUCAUGAUCGUUGGAUUCACCGUGAUCGGGAUCAUCUUUAUUGUCGGAAUGUUCUGUGGCCGAGUGACUAGACGAACGAUGAUUAUGAAGAACAAGUGACGACGUGGCCGCGAUCUAUCCACUAGUGAAAUAAACUUUCAUGAGUUAGUUGAGGAACUGUAAACUGAAAACAAAUUGUAACACGCGUUGACUUGGUUAGCGACACGAAAUGCAAGUUUACGGUAAAUAAGGAAAAAAUAGCGGUCUUUUUAUAUCUUCGUUUACAAGUUUUUAAAGUGCAUUUUUUUAGUGACCAGAAGAGGUAUGAGAUUUUCGACAUAACUGUUAAAUACACACGAUAUUAUGCAAAAUAUCAUAGAGAUUAAUGUCUAAAGAUGCGAUUAUUCAUGUACUACGGUGUACUAUGUUAUUAUAAUAUCAUGAUUAUUAAAAUACAGGGUGUUCUAUACAG